AUGGGACUUUUAACUACAGUCCAGAUGUUUAUUGUACAAAAUAUGAUGAGACUACAGGAAUCUGCCCAGAUGGAGAUGAGGGAUACAGAAAGGAAGUAUCAUCUCAGAUAUUACAAGACUGGAACAUGCAUUCAUGAAACAGAUGCCCGGGGUCACUGUGUGAAGAAUGGAAUUCACUGUGCCUUUGCUCAUGGUCCACAUGACCUUAGACCACCAGUAUAUGAUAUAAGAGAACUUCAGGCACAGGAAACCUUGCAGAAUGGGCAGCUAGGAUGUGGUGAAGGCAUUCCAGAUCUGCAACCAGGAAUUUUAGCAAGCCAGGCAAUGAUUGAGAAGAUCCUUAGUGAAGAUCCAAGAUGGCAGGACACAAAUUUUGUAUUAGCUGGCUACAAGACAGAACAAUGUACCAAGCCACCCAGACUCUGCCGCCAGGGUUAUGCAUGUCCACACUACCACAAUAGUCGAGAUAGAAGACGAAAUCCCAGAAAAUUCAAAUACAGGUCCACUCCUUGCCCCAAUGUCAAACAUGCAGAUGAAUGGGGUGAACCUUCAAGGUGUGAAAGUGGGGAUAGCUGUCAAUAUUGUCAUUCUCGUACAGAGCAGCAGUUUCAUCCUGAGAUAUAUAAAUCUACAAAGUGCAAUGACAUGCGCCAAACAGGUUACUGCCCACGUGGUCCAUUUUGUGCGUUUGCACAUGUUGAAAGGAUUCCUUCAACAGAGGACACCAUGAAUGUAGUCAUACUGCAAACUGGUUGUCAAUCAAAGCCAGGCGCUCACCUGUUUUCAACAGACAGCAUAGGAAUUGCAAAUGAAUGGAGCAGCAGUCUUAACUCCACAAACAGCAUUACAAAUAGCAGUGGGCAGUCUGGAAAUAUUUGCUGUUCUUCAAGUCCAACUGUAACAUCAAGUUCUGGUAGCAGUAGUUCUUUAUCACCCCUUGGACCUCUUUGUAGACAGAGAUCAUUAGCAAAUGGCAUUUUGUGUUCUGAGUCUAGCACAUCAGGUGUUUCUUCACCAACAUCUAGCUAUCCAAAAGCACCAGGCUUUGAACGAGAAGAUCAGUCAAAGCAUCGAAGCUUCCCAGCUGAGAAUCAGCAGAAAAUAAAUGAACAGGACAACAAGCAGAACCAUCUCAGUGUUUUUUCAGCAGUUAACCCACUUGCUUCAAGUAUAACUUCCAGUCUGGCCUCCAGUGUUGGAUCAGAUAGUUCAUCUCCUACAACUGUCUCUGCUAUCAGUGCCAAAGCUCUCCCGUUCUACUCUGGCAGUAACACAGUUGAAUCGGUAAUAG